GCGUGCGCGUGUGUGUGUGUGUUUUGUGUGCGCGUUCAUCUAUUCGUACAGUUGUGCUCUGUGAACGGAGGCCCUUGUGCGUGCGCCACAUUCUUCUCGUCGUCCGUCAGGGAAAAGGAAUAGAUUUUCUUUUUUCCGCGGCAUUUGCCCCUACGACUCGACGGUACUGUAAGCGGGUGACGCAAAUCAUCCAGCCACGGUUGAAGCAAAAGAGGAUUUGUCGCAGCCAACCCUUUCGAGUGGAGAGCGAAAAGUGCACCCCCUUCCCCUCCCCUCCUUAUACCCGCAAGAGCACACGGGUUGAAGAAAAAAGCGGAAGAAGCGCACACAGCGGAGCAGGGAGCGAAGCAGAGAAGAAGCAAAAAAAAACCCCAGCCAGCCAUCAUUUGGGGCGAUACGCGCGCGUCAGUGUGUGUGAGUGCGCGCGCGAGCUAGUGUGUGUGUGUGUGUGUGUUUGCACCGUGUUUUUCUUCGCUCGAUUUUAACUACAGCGCAAACGGGCGAGAGACGACGUCGUCAAACCGCUGGGGCUUGUACGAUCGCAGUAGUCGCGGCAACAACAGGAGAGCAGCCGCCCUUAAUAAGAGCAUCGGUCAGCGAGUUGCUGCUGCUGGCUGCUGUACUAGCGAAGUAAAGAGGAGCCUUGGAUUCGAAGGCAGAAGGAGGAAACGUCCCAAGCCCAAGCCAAUUUUGAUUCCCGCAGUGUGAAAAAGAAAACGGUGUCCGGAAGGAAAGGCUCCCCCAAAUACCACACAUAACACACACGCACACAUCCGUCGUCUGGAAAACGUCGUCGUCGUCGUCUUCAUCCCCGGUGUGUGCUCUACUCCCGCUCCCCCACUACCACACUCCAUCCACAACGUCAACUGUCCGUCAUCAUUGAGCGUAGCUGAGCAGCGCGAAUCGAUCCAAAAUGUCGGACGUAGAGUUAUCAAACAUAGACCACCUCAUUGCGAUGCUUUUAGAAGUUCGCGGUGCAAGGCCAGGGAAAAAUGUACAACUGUCGGAAACGGAUAUACGUCUGCUAUGCCUGAAGUCGAGGGAAAUCUUUCUCUCCCAACCGAUACUGCUCGAGCUGGAGGCACCGUUAAAAAUCUGCGGUGACAUCCAUGGUCAGUAUUAUGACUUGCUGCGUUUGUUCGAGUACGGCAGCUUCCCGCCAGAGUCGAACUAUCUGUUCCUGGGCGAUUACGUCGACCGGGGAAAGCAGUCGCUCGAGACGAUCUGCCUGCUGCUGGCGUACAAAAUCAAGUAUCCGGAGAACUUCUUCUUGCUGCGCGGCAAUCAUGAGUGCGCCAGUAUCAAUAGAAUAUACGGAUUCUACGAUGAGUGCAAGCGGCGCUACAACAUCAAGAUGUGGAAAACGUUCACCGACUGCUUCAACUGUCUGCCGGUGGCCGCGAUCGUGGAUGAGAAGAUUUUCUGCUGCCACGGCGGCCUCAGCCCGGACCUGCAGUCGAUGGAACAGAUCCGGCGCAUCAUGCGACCCACAGACGUGCCGGACCAGGGCCUGCUGUGCGAUCUGCUGUGGUCCGAUCCGGACAAGGACACGAACGGCUACGGCGAGAACGAUCGUGGCGUCAGCUUCACGUUCGGUGUGGAUAUCGUGGGCAAGUUUCUUACCAAGCAUGACUUUGAUCUAAUCUGUCGAGCGCAUCAGGUGGUUGAGGACGGGUACGAGUUCUUUGCCAAGCGGCAGCUGGUAACCCUCUUCUCUGCUCCCAACUAUUGUGGAGAGUUCGAUAAUGCCGGUGCAAUGAUGUCCGUCGACGAUACGUUGAUGUGCUCGUUCCAAAUCCUGAAGCCAGCCGAUAAACGUAAGUUCCAAUAUGGUGGCCUCAACUCCGGACGGCCAGUUACACCACCGAGAAGCUAUAGUAAAAACAAAAAGAAAUAAUUUAUCAAAUAGUACUAUUCUCUUACAAAAAACAAACUACUACUACUACUAUUAAACAAACAACAACAACAACAACAAAAAACUUACUACAAAACUACGUACUACCAAACUUGUGCGGUAUCCGUUCUGUUUUCAUCCACCUCCGCCUCCUCCCUCCUCCUUACAUUGCCCCCCCCCUCCCCGCAUCCAGUUGUCCCGGUUAUUUUUCCCAUGUAAUUCCCUUUAAAAAAAGAACAUUUUAUAAAAUAAAACUCGAUCGACUGACAAUGCAGUGCCCACGCGUGUGUGUGUGUGUGUCGGUGCGCUCGCGCGCUCGCGUGGCGUUUGUGAAAGGCAAAAGGUGUAUCUCCGAUUGUGGAAAUGAAAGUAAUAUAAAACACAGUAACACGCGGUACCAGAAGAGAAUCAUAUUCAAGCGCUGUUCUGCGGCGGGAGUGAAGGACAAGCGCACGCGGGCGGUAGCCUAUUCACGAGGUGUUCGCAUGCGCGAGCGCUCUUUUCUCCGCCGACGGUGGUUGAAGGCGAUAGAAACACAAUUCAGCUUAUAAGUAGAUAUAAACAGGUGCAAGGUGACAAGCAGGCAUAGCAACAGAACAGAACGGCAAAAGGAGAAUGAAGGAAUAUGAUGGUAUUUGACGAAGGAAGAAUUGGGUGGACUGCAAGACGAACAGCAAACGCCUAGGAUCAGUGAGCAGGAUAAUAGCGACGUGUGUGUGUGUGUGUGUGUGUGUGUAUUUCCCACACAAAGUGUUUGGAUGUUGUGUGUGUUGACGGUUGUUGCUCGAUAGCUGUUUGUUGUGCAGAAUGAGUAGAAUGAGUAGAGGAGACGAAGCGAUAACACAGGUUUUCUGUUGGCACCAUAACACACCACCACCACCAUGCGGGAAACGGUAGCAGAAUUAGCAGCUGUUGCAGGAUAGAGGAAAAGAAGAAGAGUAAGAGCAUGGCAAUAACCAUACAAGUGUUCGCCCCUGAAGUUUGAGAAUGUAAGCGAGUGGUGGUAGUAGCACGCGAAAAUAAGAGCAAACGAAGUGUAAACGUUUCUGAAUGAUAAUUUAAUUAGAAACACUAGCGCCAAGAGGUACACUCACAGUGAGCAUAAGAAAAAAAAAGAGGUAAAUAAACAUACAAACAAAUAUGCAUGCUAACAACACAUGAUAACAAGAGGGCGUAGAGAGAUUUGUCAGUUGAUGAUGAUGAUGAUGAUGAUGAUUGUGUGUGUGUGUGGUUUAAAGAAGAGCGCACACAUCUCUGUAGCAGCCGGUAGCGUGUGGUGCACGGUCAGCUGUCCCAAAACCACACUCAAGCCUCCCCCCUGCGCACACGGUAACUCCUCCUCUUCCCUUACGACCCAACUGGCAUUAUAGUGGACAACACACAGACACCUACUACAUCUGGGUACUAAACAUCUUUUUUUUCUGAUUACAAUAAUUGCGACAAUGUUUACAAAACAGCAGAAGCAGCAGCAUCAGCAAUCAGGAACCCCGCAGCUGAUAAAUGCAUGCAGGGGAAAGUAGCAAAAAGGCAGGCAAGGAAAGCGUGCGCUGCAAGCGAAACCGACGAAACUAUUGAAUUCGAUCGAAAUUAUUAGCAAAAAAUCGGAAAAUGUGGCGCACAUUGUCACCUUUUCAAUUGCAUUGAGAUUAUUGAAUGUACAUCAUCAAUUUGUCUGUCCCGUCUGUGUCACACAGUGGAUGUAAUCCAACGACUAAUAUAAUGCGUAAGCUAUUGUUUCUCUCACUCUCUCUCUCUCUCGUCUGUAAUCGCUGUAAUGAUGUUUCCUUGAUUGUUAAAACAAACAUACACACACACACGUUACAUGUAACGGUCGGGGGACCCUCACAUGGAGAAGGGAACAAGGAGGGCAGAUGAUAAUGAACCGCCGCGUGUUUUUCGAUUAGCAACGGAACUGGUUGAUGGUAGACGGCCCCAUCGUUUUCGAGCGAGAACAAGGCCAAGGAGAAGGAGCAGUAGGAGAAGCUAGAAUGAGGAAGAACUGUGUAUGUUUCUGCGCGUGUGCGUGUGUGUGUGUGUGUGAGAUGCACCUGUCAUCAGUAGUCGGCGUGACCAAAGUGAAGUGUGUUGGUUCCCUCGGACUGCCGCCGCCGCCGCCGGAUUCGCACGUGUUAACGGCGCAAGGGUCUUGCCAGUUUAUUGUGAAAUGUCCCACGAUUAUGUUAAUAAAGUAUCACGCGAGCUCAUUCUCUUCUGAAUCUGGACUAAAUUUCUCUGGAUCUGUGUGUGUGUGUGUGUGGCUUCAGUGAGCCCCUCGCGCACCCUUGUUAUCACGCUGCAUCUUCCAUAAAUGAGAGAAAUUAUUAUCUUUAUUUAAAAAUGAUCGCUUUUUGUUGGAACCUAAAGAAGUGGAUUCGAAUGUGAUCAAAUUAAACCGUAUCAUUGAAAUGGCUAUCGUUUUUUGGCUAAAUAUAAUUUCGUUUCUUGCUUGCUUAAAAAUAGCAUAAUAGGGGUGUGUUGACAAACGCAAAUCCCCUCAAUUAUGGUGACAUUACAGAAUAAACCGACAAACCUUGUAAAAAAAAAAGUAAAACGAGGAUGCAUUUCUUGUCGAUGCUUGUGACAGAAGGUUCCACUUUUGGAAAAAGUCUUUAGGAAGCGCGAUUACUGUUACGAAUACUACGAGUAACUGCUUCUUUUAUUGCCAAUACUUGACCCUUAACCUAGCCAGCCUCGUGGUACAGUCGUCAACUCGAAAGAUUUUAACAACAUGCCCGUCAUGGGUUCAAGCCCCGAAUGGACCGUGCCGCGCUCAUACGUAGGACUUUGGACUAUCCUGUUACGGAAGGGAAUGAAAGAAGACUUGACCUCCUAUACACUACUACUUGUCUUAACGGGGUGGCGGAAGUGUUUGUUAUUUGCCCUUCAUGAUCGUUCUGUUGGUGGUAACCACAGAGAGAGAGAGAGAGAGAGACAGAGUAGACGAGGUUUAUGUUUACCAAAACACCGUAUGCACUAAGCGUUUGUCGAUCACCACUUGCUGCUCCUGUUUAUUUGUUUACUUUCACGCGUUCCCCUGUGCGGCGCUGUCUGUGUGUGUGUUGCUAGACUAAAGGGUAAAAGUACGUGCUGUACGCAUUGAGCGAUGAAGGAAGAAGGAGUCUCUUUAUAGAUUAGCUCUUUUGCAUAGUUAUUGGUAACAGAAACUGCUCCAAGUAUGCGCCUCUUUGGGGGGAGAGAAGUAAAAACAUAUAAUAAUGCAAUAAAGCUCGCUCGCUCGCUCGCUCUAUUCGUAGGAAAGUGGGAAAACGAUGUUGAACGGUGGCAGGCAAGUUUCUGAAUAUAAUCAAUAACCGCUUUUCUAUCACUCUCUCUCUCUCUCUCUACCCCCCGUCGUAAUUUAUAAAUGAAAUGAGAGGGAAAAAACAACUCAAAUGUGGAUGGUGGAUGGUUAUGGACGUGUGUUAUGUGUUUGUCAAUCAAUCAUUACUAACCCCCGAGCAUCAGGUGUUGAACAGCUCGCAGCAGCAGCAGCAGCAUCAGCAACGGAAACACGUGCUGCAGUUUAGAGAAGCAUUAUUAGCAAGCGAGAUCAAUGUCAGACGACAGUCUAGAAGUCAAGAAAAAAUACACAAAUCACCCACAAAACACAAUGCUGCAAUACGGCUAGAACUGUGUGCGUGUGUGUGUAAAG